AUGGCUUAUUUUUACCAAGUUCCCGCACUAGUCAACUUAUGCAGUCAAUAUCUUCAAAGCAUCGCCAGAGAGGACAACGUUUGUGAGAUACUAGACCUUGCUUUGCAAUAUGACAACGUCGGUCUUAGACAGGCAGCUUGCGAUUAUAUCGAUCAAAAUGCAACCAUAAUUAUCGAAACAGAUAGUUUUGUACAUGUGUCCAAACUGUGUCUCGAGUACAUUCUUAAAGCUGAUACGUUUCACGUUGAUGAAAAGACAAUACUACGCCGGGCAAUAGAAUGGGCAAAACUUUAUCAGGGCAAUGAUAGUCUAAACAUGGAUGAAGAUAUCAGAUUCAACAUAACCGUGAAACAUUUUCGAAACACCAUUGGGAAUGCGUUUCAAUACAUCCGUCUAGGAGCUAUGUCUUUUGCUGAAUUUUCAGAAUGUGCAGGAAGCACUUUGGAUGCAGAGGAAAUAAAGGACAUUCUACUUUUUACAAAUAUUUGCUCCACAGAUGAGUUCCAUCAAAAUAGAUUGCCGAAAAAGAAAAUACUUGAACUCAAGAACGGUAUAUCUUCGUGGACCGCGCAUUCAUUCAGCAGAUCAUCUGAAUCAAUGUAUAAGAUAACUGUCAAGAAAAAUCUUAUCUGCGAAGGAAUCAAAUUUUCCAAACUAUCUUUGUCAGCAACAUGGGGUAAUCCAGGUUAUGGCGAGCCCAAUCUUGAUUUCUCUGUUAAUAUAACCAUCGAAAUCACUCGUACAGGACUAAAUUUUAGCUUUAAAACAGCUAUGCAAGCUUUAUCCUUGCACACCAUCAAAUUCGAAUCACCAGUUAACCUUAAAGCAUCUAAAGAUCCUUACACACUAGUUGUUAAAAUAGAAUUUCAACCGAAUCCUCUCAACAUUACAAUCAAUGCCAACCAGGCUGGCGUAGGAUCAGCUACGGUAGAACACGCAGAGGUGGAGUGGAAUAAUCAGUUCUCCAUUUUACACCAAAUUCAUUUUUCAAACAUGUCUAACAGAGAAUUGAAAGACAAGGAAAGAAAAUGUGGUGAUGAAAGAUUGAUAUAG